CACACCUUACCUCUCUCUACCUGGCUUGCCCAGACCAGGUACCUUCAUCCUGGUAUAUUUGAAUAUCGUAUGUAAAUUUUCAGCCUCGUUCCAUAAAACAAAGACUCGUCAUGCAUAUGGAAUACCACUCAAAAGCCUGAUUUAAAUAUUCGGAACCCUGACCGUCAAAGUGGCGCAGCUACUCUUCCGCCUUGCGGUCCGGCGCUGUCCGGCCCCGAGAUUUUUGUUUUUGACCAGGAAAAUGAGCACAACAGCUGCCGUCACCAGUAUGGCCGGGUCCGAGUCCAAUGGCGCGAGCCCCGGGUUCAAGCCAAAGCUUCACGGUCGCGCAUUUUAUGAGAGCAUCGGAAGCCCCAAGUUUGUCGUGGCACCUAUGGUGGAUCAGUCCGAAUUCGCUUGGCGAAUGCUCACCCGCUCCUUCAUGCCAGAGUCGCAACGAUCCACGGUCUUGGGAUACACCCCUAUGUUCCACGCCCGCCUAUUCGGCGAGAACCCUUCCUACCGAGACUCCCACUUCCAACCGAUGCGUAAAGAUCCCACCUCACCAGACGAUCAGCCAACCCCAUGGCUUGACGGCAACCCCGCCAUAGACCGACCCCUAUUCGUACAAUUUUGCGCAAACGACCCGUCCGCGCUGCUGGAAGCGGCCAAGCAUGUUGCCCCGUACUGCGAUGCCGUCGAUCUCAACCUGGGAUGUCCACAAGGAAUCGCAAGGAAGGGCCACUACGGCGCUUUUCUUCAGGAAGAUCAGGAACUGAUACACAAGCUGAUCCGGCAGCUGCACGACGGGCUGUCUAUUCCCGUAACGGCAAAGAUUCGCAUCCUCGACACCCCAGAGGCGACGCUGGCCUAUGCGCGCAAUGUGCUCGACGCCGGGGCCAGCAUUCUCACGGUCCACGGGCGCAGGAGGGAGCAAAAGGGCCACCUGACGGGCGUGGCGGACUGGAGCGCCAUCCGCCACCUGCGCGAGAAUCUCCCACCCGAGACGGUCAUCUUUGCCAACGGCAACAUCCUGCAGCGCGGCGAUCUGGAGCGGUGUCUCGAGGCCACGGGUGCCGACGCCGUCAUGUCGGCCGAGGGCAACUUGAGCGACCCGACGCUCUUCGCACCCGAGCCACCGGUCGGGGAGGAAGGGAGGGAGUACUGGCGCGGCAGGGAUGGCCUCGGCGGUUUCCGCGUGGAUGCCGUGAUGCGCCGUUACCUGGACAUCCUGCAUAGAUACGUCGAGGACAAGGAGCCGCCAGCGCGCAGGCCAUUGUUCAUCGUGGGCGAGGACGAGACGUGGAUCAGCCAGCCCUUGGAGACACAAGCGGCCCCGCAGGCCGCCAGCCAGGGAGGCGAGACGGAAGAAGCCCCUGUGGAUGCGGAAGAAGACGAAGACGGUCAGCCGGCUCGCAAGAAGCGGAGGAAGAAUCACAAGAAGAAGAUGGGGGCGACCGAGACUGGGAUUGGCAAGAAGGACAAGAAUCCAUCCCCCAACUACAUCGCGGUCAAGGCGCACCUGUUCCACAUGCUGCGUCACUUUAUCACAAAGCACACGGACGUACGGGAUGCGGUGGCUAGGAGUAGACUCGGCGAGGGCCACAUCAACUACCUAGAGCGCAUCCUGGACAUGGUCGAACGCAAGGUGGCGCAGGGUAUGAUUGAGUACGAGCGCACCGAAGGCAGGAGCUUCGAGGACGAGCCCUUGACCAGGAUAGCGAUCAAACCACAACCUCAGGUGGAGACCAAGGACUCGGGCGUCGAUUCUACCGCCCCUGCAGAGGCCGCCAACGGCCAAUCGGGAAAACCGGCGGCCGGCCAUGCUGUCGACCCCGAGGACGAUCCGGAAAGCUCCUUCGCAACGGUCAAGAAGUGCAGGCGUCCCUGGUGGGUCGUCCAGCCGAUCGUGCGGCCGCUGCCGUUGGAGGCGGCGGCCAAGGGCGCCGUCACUAUGAAGAAGACGAAAGAGAACAAAGCCGGCAGCAAUGGCAAGCAGGAAGAUGUGACUCGGAAAAGACCACACCCUGCCACCGAGAGCACAGUUGAGGCUUUGGAUAAAGAGACCACCUUCCCUACUAGUGAUUUGGUUUCAGGAUAGAGUAGUGGGAAGACACAACGUCAAGCUUUCACCAAAAGAGUGAAUAUAUAUAACUCGG